AUGGAGAUAUAUACGUUCAGAAAUUGUAAACAGAAAGAGGGACAGACACUGGAUGAGUACCUUACGGAAUUACGGAAACUAGCUAAACAUUGUGAAUUUACGAAUAUAAACAGAGAAAUUCUGUCUCAGUUAAUUCAACACUGCAGGUCAAAUCAACUCAGGAGACGUGCUCUGAGAGAACCUGACAAAGGAUUAGAGGACAUUAUUCAAUCAGGACGUGCUAUGGAAUUAUCUGAUUCCCAGGCCCAAGCUAUGGAGCGCCAUGUGGAUCAAGCCGUUAACAAGGUGGAUGUUAGUGGUCCCAAACAGUUCAGUCGCAGUGCGCGAGGAGAAAAACGUUAUCACUCGUCGAAGAAACUCAACAAACAAUGUUGGAAAUGUGGUGGUGUGUUUCCACAUAAGGAAAAUAAACCAUGUCCAGCUCGAGACAAAAACUGUCAUAAGUGCCAGAAAAUGGAACAUUUCCAAUCUGUGUGUAGGAGUAAGAAAGACAAUGUUAAAAAGGAGAAAGUUCAGGUCAUGACACAGCACAAAGAUUCAACUGAAAGUGAUAGUGAUGAUUACUGUUAUGGAAUCAAAGUAGUGGAAUCUGGUAUAAACCGUGUGAAAUGUCCGUAUGCUACUGUGUCUCUGAAUAAACACAAACUGAAGUUGUUAGUGGAUAGUGGUUCAUCUGUCAACAUUUUAGAUGAAGAUGAGUAUGUGAAAGUGGGAAGUCCUCAGCUACUGAAGAAGAAAGGAAGUUGUGAACUAGUGCCCUAUGGAGGUGGCAAAAUAUCACUUUUAGGAACUUGUGACUUGAUGUUAGAAACGGAGAAGCGUUAUGAUGUGGUUAAAUUUUAUGUAGUGAAAGGUGCAAACGGCUCUCUAUUAGGAUAUCCCACAGCUGAUUGUCUUGAGAUAAUCAAAGUAGUGAACAGUAUUGAUGGCACUAAGAAAAAGGUGGAAUAUGACUUUCCGCAUUUGUUUUAA